UUAUAGCGGCGGAGCCCGGCGCGCCGCCGCGUCUCCCCCGGCAGCGCCAUGGAGCGGCCGGCGCCCCUGGCCGUGCUUCCGUUUUCGGACCCCGCGCACGCCCUGAGCCUGCUGCGCGGCCUGAGCCAGCUCCGCGCCGAGCGCAAGUUCCUGGACGUGACCCUGGAGGCGGCGGGCGGGCGCGACUUCCCGGCCCACCGCGCCGUACUGGCGGCCGCCAGCCCCUACUUCCGCGCCAUGUUCGCCGGGCAGCUGCGCGAGAGCCGCGCGGAGCGGGUGCGCCUGCACGGCGUGCCGCCCGACAUGCUGCAGCUGCUGCUGGACUUCAGCUACACCGGCCGCGUGGCGGUGAGCGGCGACAACGCCGAGCCGCUGCUGCGCGCCGCCGACCUGCUGCAGUUCCCGGCCGUGAAGGAGGCGUGCGGCGCCUUCCUGCAGCAGCAGCUCGACCUGGCCAACUGCCUGGACAUGCAGGACUUCGCCGAGGCCUUCAGCUGCGCGGGGCUGGCCAGCGCCGCGCAGCGCUUCAUCCUGCGCCACGUGGGCGAGCUGGGCGCCGAGCAGCUGGAGCGGCUGCCGCUGGCGCGCCUGCUGCGCUACCUGCGCGACGACGGGCUGUGCGUGCCCAAGGAGGAGGCGGCCUACCAGCUGGCGCUGCGCUGGGUGCGCGCCGACCCGCCGCGCCGCGCCGCGCACUGGCCGCAGCUGCUGGAGGCCGUGCGCCUGCCCUUCGUGCGCCGCUUCUACCUGCUGGCGCACGUCGAGGCCGAGCCGCUGGUGGCGCGCUGCCCGCCCUGCCUGCGCCUGCUGCGCGAGGCCCGCGACUUCCAGGCCGCGCGCUUCGACCGCCACGACCGCGGGCCCUGCCCCCGCAUGCGCCCGCGCCCCUCCACCGGCCUCGCCGAGAUCCUCGUCCUGGUCGGCGGCUGCGACCAGAACUGCGACGAGCUGGUCACCGUCGACUGCUACAACCCGCAGACGGGCCAGUGGCGCUACCUGGCCGAGUUCCCCGAACACCUGGGCGGGGGCUACAGCAUCGUGGCGCUGGGCAACGACAUCUACGUGACAGGUGGGUCCGAUGGCUCCCGGCUCUAUGACUGCGUGUGGAGGUACAACUCCAGUGUGAACGAGUGGACAGAGGUCGCGCCCAUGCUGAAGGCCCGGGAAUACCACAGCUCCUCCGUGCUGGACGGGCUGCUAUACGUGGUGGCUGCCGAUAGCACAGAGCGCUACGACCAUACCGCUGACGCCUGGGAGGCUCUGCAGCCCAUGACCUACCCCAUGGACAACUGCUCCACCACCGCCUGCCGCGGCCGGCUCUAUGCCAUCGGCUCACUGGCCGGCAAGGAGACCAUGGUGAUGCAGUGCUACCACCCAGACACUGACCUGUGGUCGCUGGUGGACUGUGGCCAGCUCCCACCCUGGUCCUUUGCACCCAAGACUGUGACUCUGAACGGACUUAUGUACUUCGUCAGGGACGAUUCUGCCGAGGUGGAUGUGUAUAACCCCACAAAGAACGAAUGGGACAAGAUCCCGUCUAUGAAUCAGGUGCACGUCGGGGGCAGCCUGGCCGUCCUGGGAGGGAAACUCUACGUUUCUGGGGGAUACGACAACACUUUUGAACUCUCGGACGUGGUAGAGGCCUACGACCCAGAGGCCCGGGCCUGGAGUGUGGUGGGGCGGCUGCCGGAGCCCACCUUCUGGCACGGCAGCGUCAGCAUCUUCCGCCAGUUCAUGCCACAGACGCCUGUGGGUGGGCGUGGCUUCGAGCUGGAUGGGGGCAGCCAGGACAUGGACGCAGGCCGACACCAGCCUCUGCACAACCCUGACCAGCUGCACUAGCCCCAGCCUGGCCAAGGGAGGGCCUUGAUGUAAGGGACCCAGCCCAUGGGGCAAGGGCCCCGUCCUUUGUGCCCCAUACUGCUGAGAUGACCAGGUGCAACACAGGCUCCGGGGUGCUGUGUAAGCCCCAGCAUCCAUCUGCAAGAUUUCUGUGCCAUCCACGCCUGCAUCACAGCUGGAGCCAAAGCCGUUUGUGAAGGCCUCUCCCUUGGUCAAGGAAGAGCUGCUUCCCCAGGGCCAUGUGGCUCUGGCUCCCAGAGGUCAGCUCCCACCUGUGACACCAGCUCUUCAGGCAGCGUAUGUCGCACUGCCACCACCUGAGCCUGCAUGCUCCCACCUGUGAGAGUGAGUCAGGCGGAUCAGUGCUGAGAGAAGCCCCAUCCUCCACAUCCAGUGCUGCAUGUUCCUGAGGCCAGCUUCCCGGGCAGAGGAGUGUCUGCCUGCCUAGCAUCUUAACCACUGCCAGGAUCUUACAAGGCUGGGUUUCCUAGAGGUGUGUACAGGGCUGGGAGACUGAAGGUAGAGUAUGAGCUUAAUUUUGAGUUUUCUUUCUGGUCCUGGAGAACGUAGACAUGGCAAAUGCUGGCUCUACCCCCAUCCACAGGUCAGUGGAGAAGCCAACAAUGCGCAGUGUGUGAAGUGCAGGGUUGAAACUGUAAGACCUGCACUGGUCUCGGAGUAAAGGAGCCUUCUUCGAAGGAAGCCCUGGAUGAGGGUAACCUCGGUGUGCUCCAAGUUUCAGAUGCUUGAAGUUGGAUGUUUUGAGGAGGUGGGAAGCCUAGGGAGGGUCAGGAGGGUUUGGUCUUGUUUUCAGAUCUCUGCAGUGCCAUUGCCAGAGCUCUAACCAGUACAGGCGAGUUCUUGCUUGAAGCAGAACAGUCUGCACUAUCACCUAAAGACCUUUUGGCCAUUUCGGGCACCUCGCAGGGCUGCUGAGCAGCUCUGGUCUGCCUGUGCUCUGUUCUGUGCCAUGCACACAGGUGGCACCACGUGAGACGAAGUGGGCAGCGCUGUCUUUGGAUAGCUGGCCCAGUGGAUCCCCCAGUGUGUUCCUCUGUCCCCCAGCCUGUGGCUGCCACCCAGCUUUGUGGAGGUCUGCUGAGGCCACAGAGGGUGUCCAUGCCCUGUGGGUUUGCCUCCCAUCACAUUGCAGGGCUGGGCCAUGAGCCUGUAACGGCUCAGAAGCGCAGGUGUGCACUGGGCCAGGUUGCGUCAGACACAUGGGGAAGUCUUGAGAGUCUGGUUUCACCAUCGUGACAGCCCAUCCCAUUGGGGCCUGUACAGAAGGGCUAGGCUGGAGUCUGCAUCCUUCUCUGCCCAUGUGUCUACUACCAGGACCCCCCACAACAGCACCCUCCAGCCUGUGGCCCAGCUGGGUGUCCCUCAGCCUCGUCUCUGGCCCAGAUUCUGGGCUGCACUGUCACUACCACUCACUGGUGUCUGCACCAACCUUGGAGCCAGGGCUGGAGGUGGGGUUCACACAUGACCUGUACAGAGAACUUUUAUCUGGGGAGGUAAAUUAUGAAAAUUCAGAAACAAGUAUUUAAUGCCUUUCUAUGAGGUUUUCUAUAUUUAUGACCCCACAGACUCGUAGAACGAAGGCACCCCUUUCCCCAUCAGUCAGUCACACCGCAGGGGAAGGUUUGUGCAUUUGCUGCAGUCUGUUCUGUAGGCCUACCUGUCCAGUGUCCUGUCUUAAGUUUUUGGGAUGCCUUCGAUACUUUUUGAAAUAAAAAUGUUUCCUGUA